AUGGCAUUUCAUCGUAGUCCCUCCAAAAUGGACAUCGAACAGCGAAUUAAAGCCUAUCGGUUCGUCUCCUAUGCGGCUGUCACAUUUUCGGUGGUUGCAGUUCUAGCUGUUUGUCUCACUCUACCCAUGGUCUACAGUUACAUAAGCCAUGUUAAACGUCAGAUUAAUACUGAUAUUAACUUCUGUCAGACAUCAGCUAAGGACAUUUGGUCCGAGGUCAACCAUCUCGCUGUCGUGCCGCCUUCGAACAGGACUGCCCGUCAGGCAUAUGCCACUGACGACGCCGGUGUCAAUGGUGGUCAAACUGGCAGCGGCGGGUGCGCCGGAUGUUGUCUACCAGGCCCUCCCGGAGCUCCUGGAACUCCCGGUAAACCUGGUCGCAAUGGAAAGCCUGGAAUUCCUGGCCUCCCAGGAAAUCCCGGACGCCCACCGCAGACACCAUGCGAACCUAUAACACCACCUCCAUGCAAACCUUGCCCUCCUGGGCCUCCCGGACCACCUGGUCCCCAAGGCCCCCCUGGAGACGCUGGCAUCGACGGCUUACCUGGUCAACCUGGAGGCAGUGCGAUUCCUGGGCCACCUGGUCCUAAAGGACCUCCUGGGCCAGAUGGACAACCUGGAGCACCAGGAGCACCUGGACUACCUGGACAAGAUGCUGGUAAUGAGCCACUCGUUCCUGGAGAACCUGGACCUGCUGGUGAACCUGGUCCUCAAGGACCUCCGGGUACUGAUGGACAGCCGGGAGCAGAUGGACAACCAGGUGCACCUGGACCCAAAGGACCUCCUGGAGCUGAUGGACAACCCGGCGCUGAUGGAAAUCCUGGCGCCCCAGGUAGCCCUGGAGAACCUGGAGGAGCUGGCGAGAAAGGAGUCUGUCCUAAGUACUGCGCUAUCGAUGGCGGAGUCUUCUUUGAAGACGGAACUCGACGUUGA